AUGGAUUACAUUCGGCAAAAUUAUGUCUAUACCAGGGUUCUGGAGAGCCUCCCCUGGAAAUCCGGGGACCCUAAUGUGAAGGGUGACCCCAGGAAGAGCGUGAAAUGGAUUGACGGACUUCGAGGAAUUGCAUCCUUUCUUGUUGUUAUGACCCAUCUUGCUCGUGCGUGGGACUAUGAUCUUUUUGCUCCGCGCGACGAUGAAGACACCCCACCGCGCAUUCUCCAGUGGCCAAUCUUGCGAAUUCCCUGGCAAGGUCGACUCGGCGUGACCAUUUUCGCCUUUCUUACCGGUUAUGUUUGUGCCCUGAAGCCCAUCAAGCAGUCCCGCAACGGAGAUACCCUUGGAUCUUUCACUUCGGUGGCAAAGAGCGCCUUCCGCCGACCACCUCGCCUCAUCUUCCCCGCCACGAUUGCCCUUAUAAUAUCUUGGGUGAUGGCACAGUGCGGAGCUUUCAUUGCUGCUAACCGUUCCGACUGCUGGUGGUGCCGCUAUGCAUCUCCUGAUCUUGCCCCGACCUUUUGGGAAGAAUUCGUCCGCCUGUUUGAGAAUUUCUUGGGGGUUUGGACAACUGGCUAUAUGGCAUACGAUGAUCACCAGUGGGCCCUCCUGCCUUUGCUGAAGGCUUCCAUGCUUGUCUAUGUUCUCCUGUGCAUCACCAUGUUUGUUAAGUUUCGCUGGCGCCUGGGAAUCUAUUUGGGAAUGUUGCUUUAUUUCCACCAGAAUGCUGCAAAGCAAACCGAAACCUUCCAGAUGCAAGCUAUCUACGGCAUGUUCCUCAGCGAUCUUUCCUAUGAAACCGCGUUUAAGCAAUUUGUCGAGGAUCACAAGUGGGGUCGUCGAGUCGUUUCGUUCAUCCUCUGUCUUUCUGGUCUCCUGAUCUGCUCAUACCCUGGCGAACACCCGGAGUGGGCUACCUGGUCACAGUUUAUGAAGGAUGCGUCUCACUACAUCUUCCCACCUGAAGUUAACAUCGGGCGGCGUUACUCGGCUCUCGGCGUGGAUCUCAUCAUCGCGGCCAUCUACAUUUCACCAACUACCAAGCAGUUCCUUUCCAGCAGUGUUCUUCUGUGGCUUGGCAAGCAGAGUUUCGCAGUCUAUCUUGUCCACGGUACUCUCCUCCGCACCGUCCUUUGCUGGUGUCUCUAUGGUAUUACUGGACAGCCCUGGGAGGGUCAACCCACCGAUGGCAAUGGAAACCCGAUCCUCGACGAGCACGGUGAGCCUCUUCACCCGCAGUAUAUACCCAUCCGGGCGCCAUGGGUCGUUGCAAUCUCCAUCCCGGCAUGGAUUGUCCUGGUUUACUUCUGCGCCUCCAUGUGGACGACAUACGUCGAUCCUUUCUGUGCGAAAAUGGCACACAAGCUGGAGAAAACGAUGUUCGAGCAGGACGAGAAGUCAGAGGCGGCUCUGCCCCUGAACAACCUGCCUAUGAACACCAUGCCGAUGACGAGCGCAUAA